UGGCGGGGGCUCUGGCCUCUUGUGAGGUUAGCAUGGUGGGAGAGUAUGGGCGUUGGCAAGAUUGGGGCGCGAGUGGGUGCUGGAAGCAAGUAGGGCGCGGGCCUCGAUCAGACUUAUUUUAAAAGGCAAUAUAUGUCUUGAAUUUAAAAUUUUCUAAUCUAAAUUUGUUUUCAAUUUUUAAAAUAGGUUAGUCAAAUAUUCUUUAAUAACUUAAUUAUGUAGGUCAUUAUUAAAUAAUUAUUUUACAUGAUUGGUGUUCUGGUAAAAUAUUAUGUUCAUCUGAGGAGGGGAUGAUCACAAACGGUUGGAAUGCAGAAGCGACAAUCCAUCUUGAGUAUAAGCAACAAAAGGAUAGGUCCCAGCCAACCACAAGUGGAGCAGGACCUAACACCAUUGAUUCACAAUGAUGUAAAAGGUAAACGUUUCAACUAAUGAAGAUGUAGCUAAAUUGACUAAAUAAACCCCAAAUUGGAGAUAGAAAAAAGCGACAUAAAAGAGAACGACAAAGCUUGAAGGUGGUGAAUCGUUAAAUAAAAAGCUAAGCAUGUUGUUUAUUUGUUUCUUUAUUUUCAAUUUUAUUUAAGCAUGAUGUGUGGAUUUUCCCAUAAUGUUUUAUUCUACUGUGUGAUGUUUUAGUUUAAAUAUUUAAUUAUUUCAUAUGUUUUAUACUUGAGAAAUUUUUUGUUUAUACCUUAAACAAAACCUUCUUAAGUCGGUGUCAGGUGAUCGAGUAACAAUGGUUAAAGAACUUGAACUGGCACGGACCUAAGAAGCAGGCUGAUAAGCUAGAGCCAAUCAGUGAAAUCGAGGAAGACCAAUGACAGAUUAAGCCUAAAUGAUCAAAAGAAUCCCAAAUUACUCAAAAAGGCAUGUGUACAGGCUCAGCAAGGUUAAAACAGAAAGCAAGCAAGCCAAAUCAAUCAACGAAACCCAAAGUAUAAAAUUAUUUGACAAAAGUCAAAAUAGGUUGAAACCCAAGGGUGUUGAUUAAACUUUGGGUAUAAAACCAUAGGCAGAAGCCAAUUAGAUUAGAAACUCAAGGGUGUCGACUAAACUCAGGGCAUAAACCCAUUGGCAAAAGCCAAAUUGGUUAGAAACCCGAGGGUAAACCAAGGGUAUAAAAUCAUGGGCAAAAGCCAAAUAGGUUAGAAACCGAAUGAUGGUGCAGAGCUAAAACUUAGAUCUCAAGGCUAACAAAAAAAACCUAAACAGUUAAAACUAACUGUAUGGCAGAGCUAAGUGACUUGACUACAGCCAACUCGACAAAAUGAUAUGGGGGCUGUUCUAUAAAAAUAGUCAACCCAUGAACGACAAAAUACUCUCAAAGCAGAAGUCUGACAUUUUGAAUAACUCAUUAUCUUCAAAAACUUUUAGAGUGGAGGCUAUUGCUAUGGAUAAGAAAAUCCCUAUUUUCUACAAUUCAAAUUCUCUUUAUUUAAGGAAUUCAAAAUGGGAAGAUAUCCUGAUGGUCUUAGGAGAAGAUAUCAUAUAUUCAAAAGGACAAGAUAUCCUGAUGGCCUCAGGAUUCUCGAUAAGAUAUCCUAGUGAUACUAGCUUUUCCAUGUAUAAAUAGAAGUAAAAUACUCAUAGUUGAGUAUGCUACGAGUCCUUACUAUUUGCUACACUGAAAUAUCCUACUCUCUAUAGUCGACUACUCUGAUUCUGACUUUACCACACCAGUCUUUAGUGCUAGUUUUGCAGGUCUUGUCGAUUACUUUUCUUCUCAAAGAUUGAUUCGAAUUUGGCGAGAUCCACGAAGGCCAAAUUUCUGCAUUAACAGAUAUGAAACAGGCGGCAAACAAGGCGAUGGCUACAAGGGGAAGCAUGUGAGGGCUAAUAGGACACGUUGUGGGCGCUGAGGGGGUCAUGCGUGCAAACAUGGCAAGGUGCGCAAGUGCGUGAGAGAGAAGCGUUGGGAUGCUGUGGGUGCGUGGCAAGGAAAACAGCAAGCAGGCAUGGAAGCACGUAGCGGUUGCAAUACUUAGGAUGAUUUGUAAGUAGAGUGAGAAGAAAGUUCCAAUACCAAAGGAAAGAAAGGAAAAAAAGAAGAGGGUUUAAAGGGUUUGGGCGCAGUACCCAACCGUUUGAGUCGAGCUUUGCAUAUCUCCGUAUUCAUCAAUUCGUGUGGUUGAAUGGUUCCAGCUCCAAAAAGAAGUAACUGGAAAAGCAUAAGAUUGGAGUAAAUGUGGUUCCUCUGUGUCUUCUAUCACAGGUUAUUGGAUUACAGGAAGGCCGAGGUUGAAUCUCUGGCCGAGUUGUUUGGUGGACCCUUCGGUGAAAAUGGCGACGCCAAAGCGAAGUUGGAAUGGAGGCUCCCUCUGCAUCAUCACCCCGAUUCUCCUUUCCAUUUCGUCAACCUCCCCUCCGACGACCUUGCUCGGAGAAUCGCCACUAGAAGUAUACUGGUGAAGGGGAUGUAUGAACUCUGGGGUGAAGGAAGCGACGACAAGGAGCUGGAGGAGUCUAUUAAAAACUAUCCGGAUGAACGGAAGACGCCAUAUUUACAACCCGGAAGCUCUUUCAAGAUUACUGUAGAUAGCUUCGGGAAGGCUAUCAGCUUCCAGGAACAAAAUGAACGCAUCAGGGGGCUAGCUUACAUCCCUUUCAAGGGUCAAGUUAAUUUAAAAAAUCCAGAUCAUAAGUUCUGUCUUAUGGAAAUGGCUGAUUACGGAUUGAAUAAUGGACUUCCACCAAUUGCUCAAAGGAGCAUUUUUUUUGGUCGGGAGGUUGGUGGUGCUGAUAGGAAGCUUAUACCAACAUACCAGUUAAAAAGUCGUACUUAUCUUGGGCCAACUGCCAUGGAUGCUGAAAUGGCUUUCUUAAUGGCCAACCAAGCAUUAGCGACAGCAGGGAAACUUGUAUAUGACCCUUUUGUUGGCACUGGUAGCAUUCUAGUCGCUGCAGCUCAUUUUGGAGCAAUGACAAUGGGUGCCGACAUUGACAUUAGGGUGGUACGUGAUGGGCGUGGUCCUGAUUGUAAUGUUUGGAGCAAUUUCAAGCAGUAUGGAUUGCCAUCGCCAAUUGCAUUGUUAAGAGCAGAUAAUAAUCUUCCUCCAUGGCGUCCAGGAUUGAAGGAGAUAUUUGAUGCAAUCAUUUGCGACCCUCCUUAUGGAGUGCGUGCUGGGGGGCGUAAAUCUGGUGGUCGAAAAUUGCUAAAAGGAAUUGUUGCCCCUUACACCRUUCCAGACGACAAGAGGACAGACCAUAUUCCGUCAACUGCAGCUUACAGUCUUGUUGAGUGUGUACAUGAUUUACUUGACCUUGCUGCCAGGAUGCUUGUAAUGGGUGGCAGGCUGGUAUUCUUCUACCCUGUGUUGAGGGAAGAAGAUUGUGCGUUCAACCAAUUCCCAGAGCAUCCUUGUUUUACUUUAAUCAGCUCGUCCGAGCAGAUAUUGAGUUCUCGGUAUAGCCGGGUGUUGCUAACUAUGGUCAAAAGAAAUUCGUACACCGAAGAAUUGGCAGAGGCAUCAAGAUUAAAACAUGAAGAAUUCAGGGAGAACCAUUUAAAGUGGUUAGAAGAUGGUAAUCUCCAUUCUGCAGUUUUCAGUCCUGCCGAUCCCGAGCUUGCGGUUGCUGGUAAUGGUAGUGUGGGUAGAGACCCGAAACCCAAAUACAGAGGGAAGUAUGUAUAAAUUGAAGUCAGUGUAGGUGUGUUGGUUUGCUGGUUCUCUGAAUUGUCAAAGCCCCAUGGAUCUUGGUUCAUGUGCAUGCAGUUUUUUCUGGGAGUAGAGACUAACAACCUAUGAUUAGCUUCUCGAAAAAUUUCUCCAAUGUUUGAAUUUAAAUUGAGAUACUAAUACGAGUUCUCAGACUCUUAGAAACUCGAGUUUAGAUCACGGAGAGAAGUUUUACCUUGAAAUGAUUUCAGCAGGCAUGGUUUAGUUGCAAUGUUGAUCACCAGUGUUUCUCUGAACCUUGCUGAAAGAGUAGUAGGUGAGAUUUUUAUAUGAAUGUAACAAUUUUCGACAAGGGACGAACUUAGUAAUACAUUAUGAGAGAACUUUACUAUAAA